CAAUUGGAAUGUGUUUCUUACUUUCUGGUAAGUAAAGAUAGAUAGAAAUUAGAAAAAGAAAAAAAAAAAGAUGAUGGCCACAAACGUUGUCCAUGUCGUUUAUUACUAUCAUCGCCACCAGAUAUCACCACAACAAUGUUACACUUCUAACCGUAGUCGAACCUUAACGAACACGAGCUUCCUAACUUCACAUCUAAAGCAGCCAAUUACACUGCCACGGCGUCUUAGAGCCUUGAAACCACCUCUAGUUAUCCGGAAAAUUUUCAAGGUUUCUGCAUCACUUGACUUAACUGAAGACAAUGUCAAGCUUGUUUUAGAUGAUGCUAGAACAACAAAGUUUUCGCACUUGUUUGAUACAUCAGUUGGAAUGACAGGAGUUGCUGAAUUAGCUGAAGUUGAUGGACCGUUUGUGAAGAUUAGGCUCAAGGGUCGAUUCUGGCAUGAACGUUCGUUGAUAUUAGCACGAAUUGGGAACUAUUUGAAGGAGAGGAUUCCAGAGAUAUUGGAGGUGGAUAUUGAAGAUGAGAAACAAUUGGAUGACAGCCCCGAAAACUUUUGAGAUUUUGUACUGAAAAUUCAUGAACAUUGCCUUUCACAAUGUUGUAAGUUUAAGCAUCAGCUGAUAAGUAAAUAAGAGUACAAGAUACAUUUCAUACAUUAAAUGCAAUAUCUUUUGUGUA